UCAUCCUGUCACUGUCAAGAAGACUUUCAAGUGUCUCAGCUGAGCUGCACACAUUCACCAGGUUGGAACCAUGGACUCAGAACAAGUAGAGGUGGCCGCCCUAAAUCGCCCUUUUGCCUUGGGGAUGCUGUACGAUGCAAAGAAAGAUAAACUGUACACAGAUUUCACACUGUGGGACACGGAAACGAUUAAAAAGUACAGCACUAGGCAGAAUCAGACCAGUAGCAACUAUGAAAUUACUGCAUCAGACUCAAUUGAGUCCAAGUCUUCUCUGCUGGAUGUCAGUGCGUCUGUCAGAGCCAGUUUCCUGGGGGGACUGAUUGAGGUUGGAGGAUCCGCCAGGUAUCUGAAUGACAACAAGAAAUCCAAGAACCAGAGCAGAGUGACGCUUCAGUUCAGUGCUACGACUGCAUAUGAACGACUGACAAUGACCCAUCUUGAAGCAAAGACCACACAAAUACAAGAUGUCAUUAAGAAGAGCCAUGCAACACACGUAGUCACAGGCAUCCUUUAUGGAGCAAAUGCUUUCUUUGUGUUUGACAGCGAGAAACUGGAGAGGAGCAGUGUUAAGAACAUCGAGGCCAGCAUGCAGGCUGCAAUUAAGAAGAUUCCAACGUUUAACUUUGAGGCAAAAGUUGACGUCAAGCUGAGUGAUGAAGAAAAAGCUGCAACUAAAAAAUUCUCCUGCAAAUUCUACGGAGACUUCAUUCUUGACAGCAACCCCUCAACAUUUGAAGAUGCAGUCAAGACAUACUCAGAGCUUCCAAAGCUCCUUGGUGGCAAUGGAGAGAAGACAGUUCCUGUCAAAGUGUCGCUGACAACGCUGAAGAAACUGGACCCAACAGCUGAAGAGAUGAAGAGUAAGAUUAGUGAUGGGUUGCUGAGGAAAGCUGUGAAUGCUCUAGAAAACAUCAAAGAAAUGGAAAUGAGAUGCAAUGAUUCUCUGGAUGAAGAAGUGGUUAAGAAUUUUCCACAAAUUCACAAAAAGUUGAGUCGUUUCCAGGACCUUUGUGAAGAUUAUGCAAAAAAACUCAGACAGACCAUGAUGGUGAAAAUUCCUGCCAUCCGCGAGGGUAAAGAAAAAGAGAGUUCACUGCGGGAAAUCUUAGGCGACCAGGAAAAGUCACCAUUCAGUCUGGAGAAUCUAGACAAGUGGUUAGAUAAUGCAGAGAGAGAAAUCAAUGUUAUCAGGUGCUGUCUGGAAAUAAUGAAAGGAAUAAAGAUCGCCCAAGAUGAGUCAGAGUUUGACAAAGAGGUUUUCACUCCAGGUGUAGAGGACACUCUGUGCUUUAUCUUCACUUCCCUGGAAACUGAUGACCCCUACCUGGACCAGAUGGAUAACUACCUGCAUUCUGGUGAAUCACCUAAGAGUUUCCCUCCACCAAUCAAAGACCACUGGUUCUUCUCAGAAGACGUGAUUGAUGACAUGAAAAUGAAAGCUGAAGAUUUCUCCACAAUUGUCAAAGGCCUGAAGGACAGCAGCAGAUUUCGUUUCAUUGUGUCAGCGAUAAGAAAUAAGAAAUACAAAGGAGCAACCAUCUACCAUUACAAGAAGAGCCACAAGACCACUGAAGAAUUUUCAAAGCCUGCUGUUCCUAAUGUGGAAGCUGUUAAAGACAACAAGGCUCUAAUUUGGUAUGCCUGUGAUCUCACCCUGGAUUCAAACACUGCAAACAACCAGCUGAUUCUGUCUGAAAGGAACAAGAAGGCAACAUAUGGAGAAUGGCAGAAAUAUCCAAAUCACUCUGAGAGGUUUGAUUUAGUGCCUCAGGUUUUGUGCAACGAGGGGCUGACUGGGCGCCAUUACUGGGAAGUACAGUUGAGUAAUGAUUCUACCACUCAGGUUGGCAUAGCUGUUAUUUACCAAAGCAUCCAGAGAAAGGGACAAGGUGGUGAGACAGAAUUUGGCGCUAAUUCCAAAUCCUGGUAUGUUGGUACAUACUUUGGAACAGGGUUCAGUGUGUGGCAUAAUGGCAAAUUAAGCAGCGGCAGUCUCUGCUGCAGCAGAGUUGGAGUGUUUCUUGAUUACCCCGCUGGCACUGUGUCUUUCUAUGCAGUCUCCUCUAGCACACUGACACACCUCCACACCUUUCGCACCAGAUUCACAGAGCCUGUUUACCCAGGCUUCUGGAUAAAGAACACAUCCAACUAUGUUAAACUGUCUCCAGUUUAAUAACAUCAGCAGAAUCAGUCACAGCAGAAAACACUGGGGCCAAAAACAAAAUGAAAGAUUUUGCAUUAUGUUUUCAUAAACCUCUUAUAGCUUUAUAUUGUUUUGAGCAAAUACACUUUUUUGUGUGUUCAUCACAGCUGCAUGACUCAUAACAUUAAUUUACUAUUAAAUGCUUUGAUAGAAAGUCGGGUAUAAUCUCACUAUGAUAAAUGUUGCCAUGGGGAUCAGGGGGAUCUAAUUAUUGUAAUGCUUCAUGAUUCAUAUGCUACUGUCGGGAGUGCUGGAAUAUUAUGCUGCUAUUACUUGCUGCUAUUUUUAUGAUCAUUAUUAUUAUUCCAUUAAUUAUUAAUAUUGAUACUGCAUUUAGAUGUUUAAACAUAUUGGCACCCAAUU